ACGGAUGUGGAAUGGGGAACAUCGCUAUAAUUGGAAGAAAGCCAUGGAGGAUAGAAGGAAGCGCCGGAGAUGUAUAGUUGUUCCUUUUCCAUUGCUGCUGCUUCUCAUCAUUGGACUAGCCUCGCCACUUGCCCAGGGUCGGAAUCUCCGCUUUGUUACCUUGUUAUAUCGUCAUGGUGAUCGUUCUCCCGUGAAGGCAUACCCCCGAGAUCCCUAUCAGGAAAAUGUUUGGCCACAGGGGUUUGGACAGCUGUCUCAGGAAGGGAUGCGGCAACACUGGGAGCUGGGCCAAGCCCUGCGAAGGCGCUAUGAUGGAUUCCUGAAUGCCUCGUACAAUCGACAGGAGAUCUUCAUCCGCAGCACAGAUUUUGAUCGGACCCUGAUGAGUGCUGAGGCCAAUCUGGCAGGACUGUACCCCCCAGAAGGUCAACAGGUGUUCAGUCCCAAUGUUUCUUGGCAGCCCAUCCCUGUCCAUACAGUACCUGGUUCUGUGGAGCGGCUCCUGAAGUUUCCAUUAACCCCCUGCCCCCGUUACGAACUGCUGCAAAAUGAAACUCGGCAUACACCAGAGUAUGUAAAUAAAACAGUUCAGAAUAUGGAAUUCCUGAAGAUGGUGGCGCGAGAGACAGGAAUCAAGGACAUUUCCCUUGAGUCUGUUUGGAGUGUGUAUGAUACACUAUUCUGUGAAAAAACACACCAAUUGCCGCUUCCAUCAUGGGUGACUCCGAGUGUGAUGACUCGGCUGCAACAGCUGAAAGAUUUCAGCUUUCAGUUCCUUUUUGGGAUCUACAGACGGUUGGAGAAAGCUCGUCUGCAGGGUGGGGUCCUCCUCUCUCAAAUAAGGAAAAACCUUACUCUCGCUGCAAACACCUCUGCACACCAACACCUUAAAAUGCUUGUGUACUCAUGUCAUGACACCACUCUUGGGGCCCUGCAGAUGGCUCUGGAUGUUUACAAUGGGAGGCAAGCACCUUAUGCUUCAUGUCUUAUGUUUGAGCUGUACCAAGAGGAUGAUGGCAAUUUUACAGUGGAAAUGUACUUUCGGAAUGAAAGUGGGCAUCAGCCUUAUCCACUCCAGUUACCCGGCUGUGAACAGCAUUGCCCAUUGCUGAAAUUCCUGCAACUCACAGACCCGGUUAUUGCACAGGACUGGGAACAGGAGUGUCAGACAGCAAGCACUAUGAAAGACACAGAACUUAUUGUGGGUUUGGUUGUCUGCGGAUCCAUCCUCUUCUUGCUUACUGUCCUGCUCCUGACAGUACUCUUCCGUAUGAAGGCAAAACCACCUGGCUACCGGCACGUUUCCAAUGAAGGAGAGGAACAACCUUGACAACUGUGCCAGCCCCUCCUGAGGCAGCAGGAAGGAACACUGCAGCCCCCAGGAACAAGAUGGGCUUCCUUCGGUGACUGAACAUUUCAUUCCUUUGUCUUGCUAGUUGCCUCCAAGCCCAAAGGCCCAGACUUGAUGUCAGAGCUUCUGUGACUAUCAAAACCAGUCUACCUGUCAUUUGGAUAAUGCAUUUAAGUACUGGGUGUGGAAUACCAGCGUGAUUUGAGGUUGCUGUUUGCUAAUAUGCAACUAGUUUCAUCAAGGAUACAAACUUACUUUCUGUGAAGCCAAUACGUUGCCUGCAGUCUUCAGCACUGGGCAGAAAAGGUCAUUUUGACUGAGCAUAGCUGUCAGCUGGAAUCUGCUGCUCUUCAGAAAACUUUGUUCACUCUACUAGUUGCCAUGUGCACCUCUCUUCCGAACUGUGGGAAAGGGGCCUGAAGCUAAACCAGCAAUAACUGGCUUCUCCAGCCCAGUCAGUAGCUGAGAAUCAGAAAGCUGCCACCCUUGUAAAAUGAAGUAAUUUGUUUGAGCACUUUGCUCUGAGGAAUUUGAUCCCUGUACAGGGAGACGGUUGGGCCUGAACCAAAAAGUUCCCCUCUCCCUACAGCCUACAGAAAAUAAAUAGGUUUCUCAGACACACUUUUCAUUUGCAAAGAAUGUCCUAAUCAGCUACAGAUAUUGAGUAAGACUGGAAUACAGCAUACUUCCUCUCUCUGCUGACACUGCCUUUGAGCCGGAUUAUCAUUUUUAAAAAGCAGUGGAGAUCUCGGCGAAAUGAAGCUUAUGCCGUGGGACCAAAAUACUUACUGCAGUUGAGGCCUAGCUGGAGGCUCUUCAGAGCCAUUCUCUCACAUACUUGGCAUCGUGCAAAUAUCCCGGAGCAGCACACACCAAAAAGAACUCUGGAUCUUUAAAAACAAGCUUUUAGUUAUUGUGGUUACAGAAGAACAUUCACACACAGGGCUGUGUCUAAUUAAACCAGAACUGCAGUGAUAAAUCUGUCACCCCUCAGGGUGCUUAUAGAGCUCCUCUCUGACAACCCUAACCCCCCUGACAGGUUAACUAGAGGUUUACCAUAAAGCUAAAAUCUAGUAGCAGAAUGAUUUGUCUCAGACUGCAUACUCUCAGUCCUCACUGAUACCAUUAAAAGCAAAUACCAUAGGAUAAUCCUCAGAUGUUUUAGAUCAAACAAAUUAGUGUCCCAUGCUGGUCAAUACCUAAGAUUCAGCUGCCUCAGGCUCUAUUAAUGUCAACACCACAAAGGUAAUUCUACCCCUAGGCUCUGUGAGUUUCUUUUCAUGUUCUGAAAGAAACACAAUAACAGCCUCUGAAGUCGAACACAGAGAAGCACUGCCAAGUAUAUUUUAUCCUACAUAAUGUCACAUAGGAGGAAAACCUCCACAUUUUAUACCACAUGCAACAUAAGAAUUUACUUUGCACCAAGUAUACAGAUUGGGUAGCUGCUGUGCCCAUUAAUAGCUUUAAUGAAAUAAUAAUUAUUGUAUGGCAGUGUGUAUGGUAUAGUCAGGAGAUCCUAAGAUUGUCUGGCAGCCAAAACUUCUAGCUUUUUUAGCAUUAUGCACCACUAGGUGGUGAGCUAGACUCAUUUUAAGACAAAAGACAUUUCAGAAGUGGUUG